UCCAGCUUGGUUUUUCGGGAGAGGGAUUCCAGGUUGCGCGGGUGACUGCCCGCCGUGACCCAGCGCGUGCUCUGCUGAGCGCUCCGGAAGGAGAAAAACCAGGCGGAGCUGAGCUGGAAGCCUCUCGUUGGUCACUGUUUUUCUAAGGAACUCACCUUCCACCGCCCACCUCCACAGAACUGGCGGGGACUCUUCUAGGAGCAGAGGAAAUGGCGCUCUUCAGGCAGCUGUCCCUGGCCUGGAAGGCCACCCUGACUGCAGUCACUGUCUUCGUGUCUAUGAUCAUCUCUCGUUCCUAUCUGGCAGAGACCCUUGACCUGAGUGCCUGGCGUUGGCUGUUUCGCCUGCAGCUCACCCUCUUUGUUAACUCGCUCAUGCUCAUAGGCUCCCUGUACAUUUGGCGUAGCACAGUGAGCAACCUCAACCACUCCCAGGCCGGUCAGUCCAUCUGUUUCUGGCUUUGGAAGCUGGCCGUUAUGAUGUUUCUGGCACUGGCCCAUUCCAGUUUCUUCACCAUGCUCUUUUUGGUGGCCGAGGAACCCUAUCUCUUUUCCAUGGCAGCCUACUCCUGCCUGGGUGCUUAUGUCAUCAUGCUGUUCUUCCUCUUCAUCCUCAGUGGGAUGGAGCAGGCCUACCAGCUCUUGGCCUGGCGCAGAGGUAGGGUGGUAGGCAGCCUCGACAAGUCACAGAGGCUGGUGCUCAGGCCUGCCCUGGCAGUGGUGGUGACCGCUGUGCUCAGCGUGAUGGGCCUUUUGAAUGCUGCCCAGCCCCCAGCUGUGAAAACUGUGGCAGUGCCCAUCCAUCAGCUGCCUCCUUCUAUGAACAACCUCAAGAUCGCACUCCUCUCAGACAUCCACUUGGGGCCUACCGUGGGCAGGACGAAGAUGCAGCUGUUUGUGAAGAUGGUGAAUGUGCUGGAACCAGAUAUCACAGUGAUUGUGGGUGACCUCUCUGAUUCGGAAGCCUCUGUCCUUCGGACGGCUGUCGCUCCCUUAGGCCAGCUUCAUUCACGCCUUGGCACCUACUUUGUCACAGGCAACCAUGAGUACUACACAUCAGAUGUCACUAACUGGUUUGCCCUGCUGGAAUCCCUGCAUGUCCGGCCUCUUCACAAUGAGAAUGUAAAGAUUUCUGCAACAGGGGCCCGGCAUGGUGGCGGUGAAGGGGAAGGUGAUGACUGGAUCUGCUUGGCAGGGGUGGAUGAUAUCGAAGCAGACAUCCUGCACUACUCUGACCAUGGCAUGGACCUCAGCAAGGCCCUGGGGGGCUGCAGCCCAGACCACACCACCAUCUUGCUAGCCCACCAGCCCCUGGCUGCCAAGAGAGCUCUUCAGGAGCGGCCAGAUAUUAACUUGAUCCUUUCAGGGCACACACACGCUGGGCAGCUCUUCCCCUGGAAUGUGGCGGCUUAUCUCCUGAACCCCUUCUUUAAUGCCUCUCAGAGGAUGUUUGAGAUCGACUACAGCAGGGACCGCUUCCUCAAGGAUGGCCAGCCGUUCCGCUACAUCUCGGGAAGCAUUCACUACUCCCGGGUGCCCCGCUUCUACUGGGUAGACCGGCUGCUGAAGAUGAAGAUGGCCGGGCUGAACGCCAUCCAGACGUACGUGCCCUGGAACUUUCAUGAGCCCCAUCCAGGACAGUAUGAGUUUUCUGAGGACCGCGAUGUGGAGUAUUUCCUUCGGCUGGCUCAUAAGCUGGGACUGCUGGUCAUCCUAAGGCCUGGGCCCUACAUCUGUGCCGAGUGGGACAUGGGGGGAUUACCUGCUUGGUUAUUAGAGAAACAAUCUAUUGUUCUGCGCUCUUCUGACCCAGAUUACCUUGCCGCUGUGGAUAAGUGGUUGGGAGUCCUUCUGCCCAGGAUGAAGCCUCUCCUCUAUGAAAAUGGAGGGCCGAUUAUAACCGUGCAGGUGGAAAAUGAGUAUGGCUCCUAUUUUACCUGUGAUUAUGACUACCUACGUUUCCUGCAGCAGCGUUUCCGAUACCAUCUGGGGAACAAUGUACUUCUGUUCACCACUGACGGGGCAAAAGGAGAAUUUCUGCAGUGUGGGACCCUGCAAGGCCUCUAUGCUACAGUGGACUUCGGAGUAGGCAGAAACAUCACAGAAGCUUUUCUAAUCCAGAGGAAAGUUGAGCCUAAAGGACCCUUGAUCAAUUCUGAAUUCUAUACUGGCUGGUUAGAUCACUGGGGAGAAUAUCACAGUACAGUCAAGACUGAGGCUGUGGUUUCCUCCCUCUCUGAUAUGCUCGCCCGCGGGGCAAACGUGAACAUGUACAUGUUUAUAGGUGGGACCAACUUUGCCUAUUGGAAUGGGGCCAACAUACCCUAUGCAGCACAGCCCACCAGCUACGACUAUGAUGCCCCACUGAGCGAGGCAGGGGACCUCACUGAGAAGUACUAUGCUAUACAAAGCGUUAUCCAAAAGUUUGAAAAAGUACCAGAAGGUAUUAUCCCUCCAUCUACACCAAAGUUCGCGUAUGGGAAAGUCACUCUGAGAAUGUUAAAGACAGUGGAGGGAGCUCUGGACAUCCUAUGUCCCGGAGGGUCCAUACAAAGCCUUUAUCCCUUGACAUUUAUCCGGGUGAAACAGUAUUUUGGGUUUGUGCUGUACCGAACAAGACUUCCUGAAGAUUACCGCAACUCGACGCACCUCUCUACUCUACCCUUCAAUGGAGUCCACGAUCGGGCCUAUGUCUCCAUAGACGGGGUCCCCCAAGGAGUCCUUGAGCGAAACCAUGUGUUCUCUCUGAAAAUACAAGAGAAACCUGGAGCCAGCCUGGACCUGCUGGUGGAGAACAUGGGACGUGUGAACUAUGGCAGUUAUAUCAAUGAUUCCAAGGGCUUGGUUUCUAACAUGACCCUUGGCUCUCAUAUCCUCACCAACUGGACAAUCUUCCCACUGGACGCGGAGGAGGCCGUGCGCAGCCACCUGGGGAGCUGGGGUGGCCAUGAUGCCCGCCACCACGCUGAGCACUGUGCUCAUGGCUCAGCCAACCGCACGCUUCCGGCCUUCUACGUGGGCAGCUUCUCCAUCCCCAGUGGGAUCCCGGACCUGCCCCAGGACACCUUCAUCCAUUUUCCCGGGUGGACCAAGGGUCAGGUGUGGAUUAAUGGCUUUAACCUUGGCCGCUACUGGCCGGCACGGGGUCCCCAGAUGACCUUAUUUGUGCCAAAGCACAUCCUGACAACUUCAACUCCUAACAACAUCACAGUGCUGGAGCUGGAGGGCUCACCCUGCGGCAGCUGCGGCCCACAGCCAUGUGCCGUGGAGCUGGUGGACAAGCCAGUCAUCGGCGCACGGACAACCCACAGCCGCUUCUAGAGCUGGUCCAUCGGAACUCGUGGCAGGACGAUGUAUGAGGACUGUGACCCUUGGGGUUCUGCAGGGCCUCACAGGCCCUCCUCGCCAUGCCAGCACUCACUGGAGAGCCACCAUGGAGAGUAAGUUAGGGUGCGAGUCUCACCCCAAGAGUUCCCUGCAGCCCUGCCGGGACCUGAGGGGCCACCCUAGCUGGGUGAGGGAGGGGACGCCAUCAGGCACCGAUGAAUCUGCGCAAUUGGAAUAGGAACUUUAAAGGUAUUCCUGAUUUAAUUUUGGAAGAAUCAUGUCUUUUU